CUCCCACCCCGGAGGCACAUCCUGGAGCUCCUCCUUUUGUUUCUCUCUUCACUUUCAACGGCCAAUUGGCCUUCGUGAGCAAAUCCCACUGCCAAAGUCCCCUUCAGGAAGACACCAUCCAUUACCCUUUCUUCUUCUUCUUCAUUCUCUUUUCCUUUUCUACGCUAGGUAUUAUCUUUAUCUAGAUGUAGGCACCUUCUUCUUCUGGCACUUAAAGUAUUCUUUCCCCGAUUUCGCAGGUUGAUCAUUGUUGCCAUAUCCCUGCUCUUUCCUGGUUGUUGGUCAUGAGCAGCACCAUGAGGCCAAGAACCAAGAUAUUUCUUAACCUUGUCUAUGAUCGAGGAUAAAUCUCGCCGGACAAUAAAAACCAUCUUCUUUCAAACCAGAAACUUGUGGUUACUUUCUUUGUUAUCCUGCGGUAGCAUAUAUAGUUGAUUUCAUAAUCUCAUCGGUUUCGAACUUGAUCCUUUUCCCUUUUGCUUUUUCUGUUUUGCCUUUGGCCUACCAAGAAUGUUUUCUCCACUGCCUUCACCUUAUUAGGAAAGAUAUUCAGGUGUCGUAUACAAAGACUGUAAGCCAUACUAACCACCUAGCUAGCCUGGUGUCUCAUUCAAAAUUCAUCAAGGACUAGCUAGAAUUCACCACCCAACACCAACACCAUCUAGAUUGAAACUGGUCCGAGUUGAUCCACCCACCAUUCAGAAGGUCGAGCACAAGCCAAGAAAUUAGCCGGAGAUCAGUAUGCACAUGGGCAACGUCAAAGCGAGCAAGCUGGGGAUGCUGUUGAGGGGUGCGCUAGGCAUGAAGCCGCGCCCGACCCAACCGACCCCAGAAUGGGUUCGAUUGGUGGACUCGGAGGAGGAAGGUGCAGAGGUCCGUAGGAACCGGAGCAGGGUGGCGCCGGAAGGGUGCUUCUCGGUGUACGUCGGGCCGAAGAGAACACGGUUCGUCGUGAGGGCGGAGCUGGCGAAUCAUCCGCUGUUCAGACUUCUGCUGGACGAGGCGGAGUCGGAGUACGGGUUCUGCAGCGAAGGCCCGCUCGCCCUCCCCUGCGACGUCGACCUCUUCCACCAUGUCCUUGGGGAGAUGGAUUCAGAGGCCACCGCCGGCCUGGUGGCCGCACGUCCAAUGUGCGCCUUCUGUCCAGGUGGCCUUAACCCGUAUCACCUCCUGAGCCCCUCCCGUUUCCGUGUCCAAUAAAUCGACCAGUGUCGGUCUUGUAUCCCGCCACUGUUGCCUCGGAAAGUAAAGCAAUCAUAUGUACGUUGGUAGCCAUGUAUGUACAACGUUAUGAUACAUAAUGUAAGUGUGCCACUAUAAAUGAAAAAGGAUAAAAAGUUCUGGUUACUCUGCUUCCUUUGGUUGUCAACUUAAUGUG